AUGAGGUCGCUUUUCACUUUCAUCGGUGUAUUACUAUCGGUCGGUGGGAUAGUAGAUGGAGCCAACAUACUCUGCCUGAUGGGAGUUGCUAGUCCAAGUCAUCAUAUAUGGAAUCGUGCAAUUAUGGACGGCCUUGCGCGUCAGGGACACAAUCUUACCAUCCUGUCAGCAGAUGUGGAAACAAAUCAACCAAAGAAUGUUCACUACGUACAUCUGGAGGAGAUCUAUCCCACGCUUUACGCCGGUCCGGAUUCGAUCGAUCUGCUCGAGAUGGCAAAUGAAAAUUUGUUCAAGAGUGUGAUCUCCUUCUAUCGGGACUUUGUGGUGCACGAGUGUGCCGGCACCCUUAAAUCGAAAGGUUUAAAGCAGGUUAUGGACUAUCCGGAUGAUUUCCGGUUCGAUCUUGUGCUACACGAUUUUACUUGUGGACCGUGUCUGCUGGGAUUGCUGCACAAGUUCAACUAUCCUCCGUUGGUUAGUGUGACGGCGUUUAACAAUCCUCCCUACUCGACGGAAGUCAUCGGUGGGCACAAGUUUUACUCGUACGUGCCAUUUUAUUCGCUCAGCUACGGGACGGAUAUGAGUUUCUUCCAACGUAUUCACAACACACUGCUUAGUCUCACUGAUAUGUUCUAUCGAAACUACUUCUCUAACCCGCGAAUCGAUGAGAUGAUGCGUAAAUACUUCCGCUACGAAGAUCUCCCCUAUGCUCCCGAGCUACACCAACGAUCGAAGCUGAUGCUGGUCAAUGCGCACUACUCGAUCGAUUUUCCAGAAUCUUCCCCACCGAACCUUAUCCCGGUCGGUGGUUUACAGAUACGCGAACCUGCACCACUACCAACCGAUCUGGAGCAAUUUAUCAAUGCUAGUCGGAAAGGCGCUGUCCUCUUUUCGCUCGGUACGAACGUCCGUAGCGAUCAGCUCGACAAUGAACGACAGCGCAUGAUCAUCGAUGCGAUGCGUCAGCUGCCAAACUAUCAUUUUCUAUGGAAGUUUGAAACGGAACCAACGAUUCCGCUGCCGAAAAAUGUGAUCGUACGACCGUGGAUGCCUCAGAACGAUCUGCUGGCGCAUCCAAAGCUGAAAGCUUUUAUAACGCAUGCGGGACUGCUGAGCACGCACGAAGCGACAUGGUAUGGUGUACCGAUCGUGGGUAUUCCAUUCAUAGCGGAUCAGCAUAGGAACCUGGAACGAUGCGUACGAUCAGGAGUGGCGAGACGUGUUGCUUUUCAAACAAUGACCACCGAAGAGCUGCGGGGCGCUAUCAGAGACGUCCUGGAGGAUCCUAAGUAUCGUACCAAUAUGGCGGCACAAUCGGCACUGUUUCGUGACCAGCCGGAGAAACCUUUGACGCGUGCCAUUUGGUGGAUUGAAUGGGUUCUGCGCCAUCCAGAUGCAACGCAGCUGCAAUCGCCGGUUUUGAAGUUAGGAUUUCUGAAAACGUACCUUCUGGACAUCGUUCUGUUUUUCGGCGCGAUUCCCGUACUGGUAGUACUGCUGCUGAGAAAAUGGUUGAAAAAACCGAGACAGAUUUCAGACGGUAAGAAGCGUAAUUAA